AUCUAGACAAGAGGUAGCAGUAUGAGCAUAGACGGCAACAGUGUUGAAGAAGGAGGAAUGACAGAGAAAAGCAAUCAUAAUCCUCCUACUAAAGACGAUCAUGAGGAUUCAUCUUCAUCAAAGUUUCUUCUUUGUAUGUGCUUCUUUGGUACAGUAAGUUCCUCAAUUGGAUGUCUGAUAAGCAAAGAUUUCCUGGCGAUUCAAAGAGAAGCAAGUGAAUUUGGCUUGGGAGCAAAAUCGUACUACCUCGUAUUAGUUUUAAAUAUGGUAUUCUGGCAGCUAAUGCUUAUCGGAAGAGUGGGGAUUAUAUUUUGUACCUCCUCUCUCUUUGCUGGAGUCAUGAGCGCGGUAUUUCUUCCCAUCUCUCAGAUUGCUGCCGUGUUAACAUUUCAUGAGAGUUUUCCAGCAGAAAAAGGGAUGGCGUUGGUUCUGACUCUUUGGGGCUUCACUUCUUACUUCUAUGGCGUCUACAAGACGACCAGAAGACUAAAAUCGGCAACCAUGCAAUAAUGUAAACGCUUUAUGUCUUUUAUCCUUGUGGCUCUGCAGAUAAAUAUAAAUUCAAGCUUUUUGAA